GCAUAGUUGCUGCGGAUUCUUGUGUAUUACAUCAUCCAGAUGAGAUGAGUCAGCGGCGGGACGGAUAACAACACACCAAGCAGGAAGCACCAUAUGAAUAACAAGCGGCUCAUUUUUGACGUGCGGAAUGGACCUGGAGGAGCAAGAAAAUGAACUGCUGGCUCUGCAAAGUAUCUUCAGCUCAGAGGAGUUUACUCGACAUGAAUCCAAGGCUUUGGGAGAACUUCGAGUGUCAGUGGAGCUGCCCUCGGGAUAUGUGGUGGCACUCGCACAAGGUAACUCAGUGAAGCAGUACAAGGUCUCAUUCCUUCCACCACUGCUUCUGACCUUUGGACUUACUGAGGAUUACCCCUCCUGCUCUCCUCCUUCCUUCACUCUCAGUUGCAAGUGGCUCACACAUGAGCAGCUUGCAGCUCUGGGAGCUCACCUCACCGACCUCUACCGAGCCACCGCAGGGAAUGUGGUGCUCUUCUCCUGGGUACAGUUCCUGAGAGAAGAUACGCUCACGUUCCUGAAUGUCAGUUCUGUGCUGGAGCUGCCCAACGAGCACAGCGCCCCGUACAAGAGCAAAGGCUCGAGAGAUGCUGCGCUCUCGGAACACAAAAGAAAUGAAACCACCUUGCCUUCGGGAUACGAAAAUGUUCAAACUCAUCACCUUUCGGGUUUUCUUGCUGACGAUAGGACGAACGGUUGCGACGAAGACUCUCGGGGGGCCGCAGAUUCCAGCACGGCGGACCAAAGUCAUUCAAUCUCUCACCUUGUCACAUGCGGUGAUGUUGAAACACCUGUAAACGUUGCUGGAGACACUUUGGCGGCGUUCUCCACUCUUGCAUUUAGUCCAGCGCAAAUCCUCCUGUCUGAGAUUUUGAUCCACGAUGCAGCCCAGGCACAGAAUGUUUUUGCACGCACAGUUCAUGACUGCGCCGUGUGUUUCGUGAGCUACCUGGGUUCCGAAUGCAUAAAGAUCGAGGAGUGCGGUCACGUCUUCUGCCGGGCCUGUCUCGCCCAGUUCUGCAGGUUGCAGAUAACUGAGGGAAAUGUACUCGGGGUCACCUGCGCUCAGGCGGGCUGCACGGCCUCGCCCACACCGGCGCAAGUGGCGAGUCUGGUAGGAGAGGAACAGUUCAGACGCUACGACCGGCUUCUUUUGCAGUCCAGCCUGGACCGCAUGGCAGAUGUGACGUACUGCCCACGGCCCUCCUGUGCAUCACCCAUCAUUGUGGAGGAGGCCAGCUCUGCAGCGCUCUGCUCCGUUUGCGCCUUCGCCUUCUGCGUCAGCUGCAAGAAGACCUACCACGGAACUCAAGGCUGCACACCAGCUGGGUUGCCCAGGAGACUGCAAAGCAAAGACACGGAGGACAGCGGUGCAACCCUGCCACACUCACUCGAGGGUAUGAAGUUCCUGUGGGAUGACUACGUCAGUGGCAGUAAGCAGAGGCGCCGUCUGCUGGUGAGCAGGUACGGUCGCAAGGUUCUUUUCCUCAAUCUGGAGUCAUCACUGAGUGAGGGAUGGAUUCAUCUCAACACCAAAAACUGUCCGUCCUGCUUCAGCAAGAUAGAGAAAGACGCCGGGUGCAACGUAAUGACAUGCUCACAGUGUCGUCGAAAAUUCUGCUGGAUCUGCCUGGCCGUGCUUUCAUUCAGCAGUACACAGCAACACUUUGAGAAUGGCGCAUGUUCCCAUCACUAAUGAUAAACGAUGACCAGCACUUUUGCUGGAGCUGAGCUCAAUACAUUUAGACUACUCCGAUUUUAUGCCAAUACGAGUUUACACUGUACACUGUGGCUUUUUUGUUUUCUUUUAAUUUUUUUAAACUUGGACCAUUGCACGCUGGAAGUGAAUGUAUCAUAAGACACAUUACUCUAAUAAACAUCUCAAGUUGGUUAUUAAUAUAAUCAUGUUUAUUCUUCAGUAAGAAUAUACUGUCUUCAGUCAUCAGGGGAAAAUAAUAUCAUUGAGUGGCAUGUUUCAUUUCUGAGCAACAGUAUUAUGACAAUUGUAAUGCCCGCGUCAGCACAGCGUAGAAAAUAACAUCAGCGUAGGCUACCGAAUACCAAAAAUGAUCUCAUCUUAUUAAUGCAACAAAUAAGCCCCAAAAAUGUUUGUCUGCAAUGUGUAACCCAAAAGAAAACAAAUCUCCUGUGCCGAUUGGUCACCAAGCUUACUGAUUCUGAGUGCACAAAGAAAUUCUUCUCAAUAAAAUCAGUGCAACCACACUUCAGAAGGGACCAGUGCCCUUGCUACUCUCAA